AUGACCAAAAAGGAGAAAGUUUUAUCGAUUGUAACUUCGGUUCCCGCUUUCGUUCGUCUUCAAUCUCCCUCUAAUCAAGUGAGUGCAGCAGCCCGACGUGAGAGGCUGAAAGCUUUGAAAGCUGCUCAACAACUUCUUGAAAAUCCUGAAGAAGAUGGAGCACCCAAUGAUAAGGAAGAUGAAAAUGGAAACGAUGAUGAAGAAAAUGAUGUUAAUGUGAAAUUCCGAAAUUACCUUCCUCAUGAUAAGCAGCUUCAAGAGGGUAAACUUGCUCCACCAAAGUUACCAAAAUUUGAAGACCCUGUAGCUAGUGAACCUCCCAUUGAAGAGGAAAAGAAGGAUCCUUUUUUGAACAUUGCCCCCAAAAAGCCGAACUGGGAUCUUAGAAGGGAUGUACAGAAGAAACUUGAUAAGCUUGAAAAACGUACACAAAAGGCCAUAUUUCAACUUAUUGAGCAACAAGAAAAGGAAAAGCAGUUGGCUGAAGAAGAUGGCAAAGAUGAUGAUUCUGGGAACUAGAAAACAAACGAAUCAACAACUUUAAGGUCAACACUUGCAAACUAAAAUUUAGUUUAUUAAAGUUGUAACAGUUUUUAGUAACAAUGUUACUUCAAUAGGAAACAAACUGAAAAACUUCGAGCUUGUAUUUAGGAUUUUUGAAGGAACAUAUUUCUCUAUCGGGGUUAAUCUGGUUCUAUGUUGGUUGUGGCUCUAAUCUUAAUAGACUUAUGUUUUUGGUGCAUAUGUUUAUCUUUCUUUGUGAAGGUUAAAAUUGUCAUUUACUUGAA